UUGGAGCGAACUCGAGCUCGCAGAGAAAACCUCCAGAAGAAAAUGGCGGAAAGGCCAAACGCAGCCAACAGACCGAUGGCCAAACGGCCCCGGGAGCCGCUGACCGACACCACCCACGGGAUCACCGAAUCUCUUCCUCAUAAAAAGGAGACUGGUCCUGCCGCCGGUGAGGAGAACCAGGAGCCCAUGGUGCUCCAGGCCGGGGCCCCCGUUCUCCCCGAUCCCCCCACGGACAAGAAGCCCCCGGUGGGCCCGACCCCCGCCCGGCAUUCCUCCUCCCUGGAGAAGACCGCGGCGAAGCCCACCCUCCCACCUCACCCCGAGCAGCCAAAAGCAGCUCGGGCAGAGCCGGAGAAAAUGGCGGUGACCCCGGUAGUAAAUCCGCCCCCCGGACAGGAAUCACAGCAGGGGCCGAUUGGUUCUGAUUCACAGAGAAGCAAAGCGGAGCUGGAAAGCUGUACUUCUGAAUCGGUUUCUGAUUGCUCCGCCCUCUCAUCGCUGAGGGGUCCAGCUGAGGUCCAGCCCCCCCCCAAACCCACCAACUCCUCAGAAACUGCCCUUGGGCGGAAAGGCAGGCUUGCUAACCUGGCUGCCACCAUCGGCUCCUGGGAGGACGACCUCAGCCACGCUAACGUACCCAGAGAGAAGCCCGGAGCUGCUCCCGCCCCCAAGUUUGCUGUCAAACAGUCGGCGGCCGGCACCAAACCAACUCCAGCCGGGCUCGGCUCAUCCACAAACAGCAAGUCCCGCUUUGACCAGGAAGCUGUGCACUCACCAGUAAAGUCUAGUGGAGCGGCGUGUCCUCCGAAGGCUUCCGUCCCUGCAAGUAAACUCACACCUCAGUCCGUACACAGUCCUCAGAAGAGCUCCAGUCAGGGAGCGGCCUUCCAAUCCAGUCCACAAAAGCCAGCCAAAAAGAGGGAGGCCCUGAAGGCCGAGCUGGACCGUCUCAAAGUGGAUCCGGCCGGGCAGAAAAAGGCCCCGGCAGCCCCAGAGAUACCCAACAUGGCCGCCUCCAAGGGCUCCGUCUGCCUCCAGGAGCUGCGUCUGCCCCUGAAAGCUGACUUCGUCUGCUCCACCGCCAACAAACCAGCCAAAAAGAGGGAGGCCCUGAAGGCCGAGCUGGACCGUCUCAAAGUAGAUCCGGCUGGGCAGAAAAAGGCCCCGGCAGCCCCAGAGAUGCCCAACAUGGCCGCCUCCAAGGGCUCCGUCUGCCUCCAGGAGCUGCGUCUGCCCCUGAAAGCUGACUUCGUUUGCUCCACUGCCAACAAACCAGGCAUGAAGGUGAUCGAGAACCGCGCCCUGAAAGACGAGGAGAAGAUGGAGCUGCAGGAGAUCCAGCUGAAAGAAGCAAAGCACAUCGCAGAGGAGGCCGACCGCAAGUACGAGGAGGUUCAGAAACGGGAGGUCUGCAGUGACAAGAAGAAGAAACCCAACAAGUCGAAGGCCAUCACUCCGAAGAGAUUCCUCGCGAUCUCUAAAAGUGCACAGACACCAGUUCUGGCCAGUCCCGGGGGGCCCAGCGCCGUUCGCACCAGCAACUUUGUCCUGGUCGGAUCGCACACGCUCAGUCUGUCCUCCAUCGGGAAGAACAAAUUUGCUCUGGAGAAGACGAUGUUUGAGGAUGUGAGCGGGUUCGGGGCCUGGCACCGGAGAUGGUGCGUGCUGUCGGGGUACUGCGUCUCCUACUGGACCUACCCCGAUGACGAGAAGAGGAAGAGUCCCAUUGGCCGCAUCAACCUGGCUAACUGCACCAGCAAGACGGUGGCGCCGGCCAACCGGGAGUUUUGUGCGCGGCCGAACACGUUUGAGCUCAUCACAGUCCGACCCCAGAGAGAGGACGACAGAGAGACCCUCGUCAGCCAGUGCCAGAACACCAUGUUUCUGGCUAGUCCCGGGGGGCCCAGCGCCGUUCGCACCAGCAACUUCGUCCUGGUCGGAUCGCACACGCUCAGUCUGUCCUCCAUCGGGAAGAACAAAUUUGCUUUGGAGAAGGUGCCGUUCCUGUGUCCUCUGGAGGGCCACGUCUACCUGAAGAUGCACUGUGAAACGAUGUUUGAGGAUGUGAGCGGGUUCGGGGCCUGGCACCGGAGAUGGUGCGUGCUGUCGGGGUACUGCGUCUCCUACUGGACCUACCCCGAUGACGAGAGGAGGAAGAGUCCCAUUGGCCGCAUCAACCUGGCUAACUGCACCAGUAAGACGGUGGCGCCGGCCAACAGAGAGUUUUGUGCGCGGCCGAACACGUUUGAGCUCAUCACAGUCCGACCCCAGAGAGAGGACGACAGGGAGACCCUCGUCAGCCAGUGCCAGAACACCAUGUAACCAGAACCAGAACCAGACCUCAAACCGCAAACCGCCAACAUGGAGGCCGUCAAGAAGAAGAUGCUGAUGCUGAAACUGGACAAGGAGAACGCGCUGGACCAGGCCGAGCAGGCCGAGGCCGACAAGAAAGCCGCGGAAGAAAGGAGCAAACAGGUUGUGGACGGCCUGGUUUCCUCUCUCUGGAGCAGCAGGCUGGACUGGAUUUCCAAAGUCUGGGAGAGAAAACUGCCCAACAAACACCACGUCUGCCCCGCCAAGAGUUUGGCCAAAGGUCUGGCGUCUCUUUUUGGGUUUGGAGUCAUCUUCAUCGUGUCGGUGUGCGACCCCAGAGGCUUCGUGGUGAUGCUGGACAGAGUGGUGUCCUUCUCCCUGAACACAGAAGUAGGACUGUUCAUCUUCAUCAUGCUGAGGGAGUCCAGAGAGGACCGGUUCAGGCUGAGACGCGAGCUGAGUUUGCUGAGAGAUCCGUAG